UCUCCCUUCGUAUUGGGCCCGAGUCUUUACUCUUCUUCAGAGCGCUGCACCUAAAGCCCAAGCAGAUAUCACCUUCUCCUCUCUUCUUCAUUCGCCCGUCCGCCAGUCGCCGUAGUAAUGCAGGAGCUCACUGUUCUUCCUCGCCAGUCAUUUGUUUAUACUGCGGUAUUAACGAUUCUUCUCCUCCUAUAAACGACUCAGCUCCUUUCCCUAACUCGGUGAAUCGGAAUCGAGUUUAAUUUUCAGAUCACCCCUUAAAUUGAUCUGAACUGAUCUCAAUGACUCGUAAACGCAAUGCAAUUGUUGCAACUGGUUUACUAGCUUUCGCUGCUGCUGGGUUGUCAUUUCCAUUUUACAUGGCGUCAUCUAGGAGUAGGCCGGUAAUAGAUUCAUCAAAACCACUCCCUCCACAAGCAACUUUCCGAGGACCUUACAUAAACACUGGUUCACGAGACGUUGGACCUGACUCUCAGACUUACCCAAAGAAAUAAUUUUUAUUGCAAUAUGAUUGUUGUUGGAUGUUGCAAGGAUGACUUUGGUUCUUGAAGAGUCUUCAGGUGGUUUGCGACCAGGCAAUUCUUGACUACACUUGAUCUACAUGGACUCGUAGUGUAACUCGUAGGGGUUUCUUACACUACGGAUUCAUAUAGACUCGGUUUAAGCAAGUUUUUCUCUAUUUUUCUCUUGCAACCACUAGGAAGGUGCAGUUAUUAAGCUUUGGAUUUUAGGCGUGUCUCAUGGAAAAAUACUUGGCUAGACCAGAGAGACAAUAGCUAUGGUGGACUCAUGUUUUUUUGUUUUGGAUCUGUCAUAAACAGGGUCUAAGCAUGCCCUGUGGGUUAAUGGUAUUCCAAGUUUCAAACUUAUGUAAUGUAUUAAAUUUUAGAGUCGAUUGACAUUGAGGUUAAGAGCUACCUUUUUCUUCUUC